AUGAGUUAUUCUUACCUACCUACGAGCACCCAUGCUUACGGUCCUGCUCGUCGAGAGAUUACCUCGUCCGGUAUUCUCCAAUCCAUACAUGAUGCGCUGCCGCACUGGGUUUCGCAAAGGAUGUCGUCGGUCGUCCACACGGCGUCGAAUCAGUUGGAAAAGUACAAGAGUCGGACUGAGCUGAAAGCGCUCACAUUGAGAAUAAUACGAACCCUCUUUACGGUCACAAAUGGACUGAUCAUUAUAUGGAUAUGGACGCUAUGGUGGGGAGAGCGGACCGUGUUCCGCGACAGUGUAGAUGCGUGCGCUUGGGACGCUUGGGAGAAAUGGCCGAGCAAUGCUAGACCUCAUCAUGUCGCCUUCAUUGCAGACCCGCAGCUCGUUGAUCCGCACACUUACCCCGACCGCCCGUGGCCUCUGUCUACCCUCACCAUCAAAUUUACAGACCAGUACAUGCGUCGCUCUUUCUCGUCAAUACAACACACGCUGGACCCGGACUCGGUGUUAUUCCUAGGUGACCUCUUUGAUGGCGGAAGGGAAUGGUCGACUUCCCGCAGCAGCAGCCCAGAAGAGCGUUGGAGACAAUACAACGAUGAUUUUUGGAAGAAGGAAUUCCAUCGCUUUGUUAAAAUCUUCCUUGGUCCGUGGAGUAGCCAGGAGACACAGUCUACGAACUCGCGAGGUCGGAGAUUGAUCGCCAGCUUGCCGGGCAAUCACGACCAGGGUUUCGGCUCGGGGGUCCAGCUACCAGUCCGCGAUCGCUUUCAGAACUUCUUUGGCAAGGGAAAUCGAGUGGACGUUAUAGGGAAUCAUACGUUCGUCUCUGUAGAUACUGUUUCGUUGAGUGCGAUGGACCAACCAGAUCCCCGUACUGGAAGUACGGGUGGUGGAAACGGAGAUGGCGACCGGCCAAACCAGGAGAUCUGGCAAGAGCCGGAAGAUUUUCUGAAUGCCAUGAAGGUACACCGCGGUCGCGCCGAGGCGGACGAACUGCGUUUCAUGGGGGAACCAAGAAAGGGUCGGCUGUUCAAGCAUGAAGUUUCCGAAGUCUCAAAGCCUUCGAUAUACCGAGAAGAUGACCCAGAGAUUAUCGGAUUUCCGGCUAUCCUUCUGUCGCACGUGCCGUUGUACCGCAAGCCAGCCACGCCUUGUGGACCACUCAGAGAGCGAUAUCCUCCCUCCGCAGAUGGCUUAGAAGAGGACGAGCAAAACGCGCUUAAGAUCAGUGGCGGAUAUCAGUAUCAGAAUGUCUUGACUAAGACAAUCUCUAACGACAUAGUGUCCAAGAUUGGGCCCAACCUAGUCCAGGUAUACUCUGGCGAUGACCAUGAUUACUGCGAGAUCUCCCACCGCGAGUUCAGCGGUUCGCCGAAAGAGAUCACUGUUAAGAGUAUAUCGUGGGCAAUGGGGGUCCGGAAACCAGGCUUUGUCCUGACAAGUCUCUGGAAUCCUAUCGACCCUACCACCGGGACCUCCAUCGAGUCUUCCAGCCCUGGAAGCACCAUCCAAAACCACCUCUGCCUCCUCCCCGACCAACUUUCCAUCUUCAUCUACUACGGCGUCAUCCUAGCAUUCACCCUUACCGUUCUUCUCGUGCGAGCCGUCAUCCUCGCUCUCCGCCGCACCGAAUCUACAACCCCGGAACCUAUCCUUCCGCUCACCGAAAACCCCGUAAUCCGCACCCGCAGCCGAGCUGUUUCGCAUACAUCCUCUUCGAGCAUCCCAAACACCGCCUUCAUCAAACCAGGCGGGCUAGCUAGCCGCGCGACGAAUAAUUACAAUCCCCGCUAUUCCCCGCCACACUCGUAUAAUGACCCCUCGGCCUACCCCAGCUCUGACUACAUUGGGGAAACCGAUACAUCGAAAUGGAAGCCGAGCCACGCGGAUCGCGCGCGGCGCGGAAGUGAGACGCUUUUUGGACGGGCGUGGACAGAGUUCACCCGCUCGGUCGAGAACGUUGCUAGGGUUGCGCUGGCGUGGUAUUUCUUUUUGAUUUGGAUGUGGUGA